UCGAAACCUUAACAAAGAGAAGCCUCUCUGCAACAUUUAUAAGAAUAUAUAUAACACACAACAAAACCUAUCUAUCUCUCUCUGUCUUUAAAAACACUGUCGUUAUGGUCGCGCCGCCUGUAGCCGCCGCCGCGUCCUUAGAGCUCUCUUUUCCGCUCCCCGCCGUCGUCGAACAACCAAUGGAGAAAGCCUUAUCAACCCUGAGUGAACCCACCUUCCCGAACGAGUUCCCUUACGAAUUCGUCGACUCCUCAACCUUUUCCUCUUCUCCAGAGGACUCAACGGAGACGGAAGACGAAACAACCGACGACGAAGAUGACUUCUUAGCCGGUUUAACUCGCAGACUCCCUCUCUCAACUCAGCGCCUCUCUUCUCCUUCCUUCGUCAUCGACAAGGCUCAGUUGAAACCCCAAGUCAUUGAGUCAAAACAGAGUGGACUCGGAAGUCCCAAUGGUCCGUUUUCUCAAGUCCCUUCACCGCCGACAUCUCCGUUUCGUGAAGAAGACUCUCUGAAAGUGUUAUCUGCUGCCGCUGGAGAAGUCGCCAAGAUUCAAAAGGCUAAUUUUGAUGCUAAACCCUCAAGCCGCCCAAACCCUAACCCUAAUUCCCAAAUCCCCUUUCCUCAAAACGCGGCGUUUAUUAACUACUACUGGCCAUGGCAGCCGUAUUAUCAUCUUGGAAUAGUCCCAAAUGCUUGGCUUGCGUCCCCUUCACCCGUUGGAAGCGUUUUCACCGCUCCAACCGCCGUCAAACCGCCGUCUACUGGUACCGGCGUUUUCCUUCCCCGGGUAUACGCAAACCCUUCCGAACCCCGGAAGAAAUCAGGAGGUGGAUGUGUUAAGGUUCCGGCAAAGGUUGUUAACCAACAAAAACCUAAAACUGAAGAGGUCUCUGGUCGGUGUAAACCAAAUUCGAAAGCUUUUCUCUCUACAGGAGGUGGAUGUGUUAAGGUUCCGGCAAAAGCUGUUAACCAACAAAAACCUAAAACUGAAGAGGUCUCUGGUCGGUGUAAACCAAAUUCCAAAGCUUGUCUCACUACAGGACGGGGCAAAAACAAUCACGUAGCUGGUCGUGGAUGUUUGAAGCAAGAAAGAUCUCUUCCAAAAGAAUGGAAGUACUGAGUUUGAAUUAGGUUCUGUAGGAUUCAGGACUUUUGAAAGAGAGAAAACAGAAAUGGUUCGUGUAGUUAAUGUGGGGUUGGAUAUAAUAUAGUUGAGGUUGAUGGUUACUGGUUAUAGUAAAAGAAUAAUUAUGUGGGGGGGGGGGGGGUUUAAGUUGGAUUGGGAUUUUGUUAGUCAUUGCUUUAUUUAUGUUUUAAAGUAAGGAGUUAAUAAACAAAAUUUUUUGGUCUUGGGAGGGUUUUUCAUCUGCUCUUCCUUAGAAUAAGGUUUAGUGCAACAACAUGGAGGAUGUGUUGAGAAGUACUUUAGGGUGUUCUCUACAAUUUUGGAAUCUAUGAUGGGGUUGCUAUAUUAUCUGUAUUUUUUUGUUUGUCUUAGUUUGUUUGAUUAAAAGAAGCAAAAAGUUGUAGUCAAUCAUAGUUGUAAUGGAGAAGAUUGUGUCUCAAGUCCUAUCAAUAAUAUAUUUUGAUUUUUGUGGCAUUUGUGUU